AUCCCUUGGUAGGGUUUAUUUAGAUUUCUUUUACAGUUUCUGCGCAGGUGAGAGAGAACAAAAAAAUUAGGAGAAAAAAAAAAACAAGUGGAAGAAGAAGAAGAAACAUGAACGUUAACCGAAAGAGAAGCUACCAUUCAAUUUCAUCUCCUUCACCAUCAGUUCCAAUCCUUCAAAACACCACAACUCUCUCUCCACUACCAUUACCACCACUCGGCAAUACCAAAUCCCUCUUUGAAAUCAUCUCCACAAACCCUUCCCUUACCGUCGAAAAAUCUCUCGAAGAUUCCCGCCUCGAUGUCACACCACAAGACGUCGAACAAGUCCUCAAGCUCUCCUACCGCUUCCCCGCCCAGGCCGUCAAAUUCUUCCGCUGGUCCGGCCACCGCAUCAACCACAACCACACUCCCUACGCGUGGAACCUCGUGAUCGAUAUUUUAGGUAAAAACCGUUUGUUCGAUGCAAUGUGGGACGCGGUUAAAUCUAUGCGGAGAGAAGGUUUGCUUUCGCGGUCGACGUUUGCGUCGAUUUUCGCUAGCUAUGUUAAUGCGGGGAGAAUUGCUGAUGCUGUGACGACUUUUGAGGUUAUGGAUGGGUAUGGCUGUGUGAGGGAUGUUGUUUCGUUGAAUUCGUUGUUGAGUGCUGUUUGUAGUAGCGGUAGGGUUGUUGAGGCUUGUGAUUAUUUGCAGAUUGGGAAGAAGCUUGUGAGGCCGGAUUCGGAUACGUAUGCGAUUUUGAUGGAGGGUUUGGAGAGUGAUGGGAAUGUUGUUGGUGCUAAAGAGACUUUUGCUGAGAUGGUUAUUGAGAUUGGUUGGGAUCCGGUUAAUGUUCCGGCUUAUGAUUCGUUUCUUUGUACUGUGAUUAAGGGGCCGGAUGGGAUUCGUGAUGCUGUUAAGUUUUUUGAUUCGAUGAGAGAUAGGAGGUGUUAUCCGGGGGUUAGGUUUUUUAGAGUUGCGCUUGAUGAGUGUGUUAGGUUUCAUGAUGUAAGGAGGGCGGAGUUUUUUUGGGAUGUUAUGUUGGGGAAAACCGCGUUGCAGCCUACGACUGCUAUGUAUAAUUCGAUGAUUGCUUUGUAUUGUUAUCAUGAUGAUAUUGAUGCUGCUAUGAAGAUGCUUGAUGGAAUGGUUUAUAAGGGGGCUUUUCCUGAUGCCCUUACUUAUAAUUUGUUGUUUAGGUUUUUGAUUAAAGGGAGGAAAACAAGGGAGGCGUCGAGGAUGUUUGUUGAGAUGCUGAAGAAUGAGUGUCUUCCUGAUCAGCUUAACUGUGAUGCGGCGGUCAGGCUUUAUUUGGAUAAGGGGGAUCCUGUUAUGGCUAUAAAAAUUUGGAAGUGUUUGGUUGAGAAUUACCGUGAGGAUUUAGAGGGUACUGCUAAUCUGCUGGUUGUAGGGCUUCGAGAUAAUGAUAGGGUCCCUGAAGCAGUUAAGUAUGCCGAGCAUAUUAUUGCUAUUGGAAUCAAGUUAACUUCUUCUACAUUGUCAAAGCUGAGACAAAGCCUUGUCAAAGAAAGAAAAGAAUUUGUGUAUGAUGAACUUAUAGCAAAGUGGAAAGCGGCCUAUUAGUUAUUGUUUCAGGUUUUCACCUGCUUGAAUGAUCAAAGUGCAAUAAGAUAUGAGCCAUACCGGGAGUGGAUUGGUUUUGUCAAAGAUUUUAUAGACAUACAAAUUUUGUAAAUGGAUUGUCUUGUUGGUCCUAUUGUGGUGUUAACGGGCACUCCCUGUAAGUGUGUGGCCUUGUAUGUUCUGUUCUAUAGAUGUUAUUUAGUGUUAUAAGAUAUUUAGUGUUAGUUGAAAAGGGUUAUCAAAUAUCAAUUCUUCUCAUUCCUCAGUGCUCUCUGUCUAUUUAGGCUUCACAUUUUGAUAAUGAGGUUAUCCUUUAUGACUUAUGAGAGAUUUUUAAACACCUCAUAAACACUUUAUUGUCAUUAGAUUUAUACAUAAAAUUCUUCCUAGCGACACUGCUUGAAAAAUCGACUCAAUUUAUUAGAUUGCCUCAUUAUUGAUUUUC